GUGUGGAUAAGGCGGCCUACCUGAUGGGGGUCAGCGCGGCCGACCUGCUGAAGGGGCUCCUGAACCCUCGCGUCAAAGUCGGACACGAGUUCAUCGUCAAGGGACAGACGGUGGAACAGGUCUACUAUGCAGUGGCAGCCCUGGCCAAAGCCACGUAUGACCGGAUGUUUAAGUGGUUGGUGAGUCGUAUCAACUCGUCCUUGUACACCGCUCUUCCUCGCCAGUACUUCAUCGGCGUCCUCGACAUUGCCGGCUUUGAGAUCUUUGAG